GGGCCUUUGCUUUAUCGCCGUCUCCAACCCCCCGUGUGUGUAUGAUGUGUGUCUCCUUAUCUGAGCGGAAAACUUAACGUGGGACUGGGGGGGACAUGACAUUUUCUUAAAAAUGAAUUCGUUAUUUAUUAAAAGCAGUUUUCAGAUAUCGAACAAAUAGCCAGGCGCGUCUCCUGGAAGAACUGAGAUAAGUUUUGCUGACUGGAUCAAAGUACAGAGGAAUGCUCAGGAAAGAAAACUCCCGGUCAUACCAAGAGUUCAUUAAUGACGAUGAUGAUGAAGAAGAAGAAGGUCAGACUCAGUCUCAAGGCUUUUUUGAAGAUCCCACUGAAGAACUGGAGCAAGAGGACCCCAAUGGCAGCAUUUCAAAAGAGGAUGACGUCAUUGGAAGAAGUCCAUCGAUGAAGUUUAGUAAAGCCUGCCUGAAGAAUGUCUUCACGGUGGUGCUCAUCUUCAUCUACCUGGUGCUGACUGCGGUGGCGGCGUUCCUGGCCUACCAGACUAUCUCUGACUUCUUGGACAAACUCAAUCAUCCCGUCAUGUCUGUUACCUACAAAGAGGUUGACACGUUUACCCCUCCUGGUAUUGCUCUGUACCCCGGCAAAGCUCAGCUGUUGAGCUGCAGGCAUCACUACCAUGACUACAUUCCUCCUUUGGUGGAUCCAGGCAAGCCUCAAAAAGGGGACUGCAUUAUUAAGGAAGUGACCUACAUUGGACCAUUCACAAAUCAAACAGAGAAAAAAGCUCUGGUGGUCCGCGGCCCGUCUGAUGUCAGAAACAAAGAGUUGAUCUUCAUGCAGUUCAGUCAUAAUGAAACAGAGGAGGACUUCAGUGCCAUCACCUACAUGCUUUUUUCCAACUUUAGUCACUUGACUGAAAGUACAAAUAAAUCAGAGUUCAUGAGGGACUGUGAGAGGAAUUACUCCACGUGGACCUUCUCUGGUGGAUUCAGGACCUGGGUCAAGAUGUCUUUAGUGAAGACGUCUGGGAAAAGCAACGAAGCUGUCGAGUUUCGUCAAGAGUCUGCUGUGGUCAAAUUCAAUGACAAAAGACCUGAAUCAGAGCAAACCAAUCAGCUCUUCUUUGCUGUCUUUGAAUGGCGGGAUCCUUAUAUGCAAGAAAUCCGGUUGAUAGUGACUGCAAAUCCCUGGAGCUCCGCAGCCAUUCUUUGUGGGGUCUUCAUGGCUCUCUUCAAGGCUGCUAAUUUCGCUAAACUCACUAUUCGGUGGAUAAUCAGGAUGCGUAAGAGGAUUCUGAGGAAUAAAGCAAGAGAGCUGAACCAAAUAACUGAAGAAAAACAGCAUUGAUGUGAUUUGAGUUUCCUUUUGAACUUGUAAUCAGUAGUAAGGAUUAUUGACAGCAAUCUGACAGUUUAUUUUAUAGAUGGUUUGUUUAAAUUCUCACAAUUUAACAGUGAGUAAUUUGUUCUAACUGAAUAUCGCUGCUGGCUCAAUCAUUUCUUUAAAAUGGUCAGUUUGUUAAUGAGUUUUCUUUUUGUUGUUGUUGCAUUUCAAAAGAUUAAGUCUUUCAUAACUGUUUUCCUAAACAUUCUUGGUAAUGCAAUUUUAUAUGCACAUAAAGGAAAAUGUGGCUGAAAGCUGAAGAAAUUCAAAAUGUUUGUUAUGGUUGGACAGUUUGUUAAAGGAUGUUUGGCAGUUUUAGUGUGUUUAAAACUGAGAAAAUGUGAAUUUCAAACUGUUGUUUGAUUUUAGAUUGGUUCUCAUGUUGAUAAUCUUAAUCUAAAGGGAAUAUUACUACCUACUUUUAAUACUUUCCUACUUCUGAUGUUUUUCAAAAGUAAUAUCACAUUCAUGCCAGCAUCAAAGCAUUAUCAUUAUAUUGAUAACUUUAAAGGGAUUUCCUUUAACCUCUCAAGUGUUUAAGCUAAACCUGUCGUGGACAAACUUGUCCAAGUACUGCUGUUUUUAUUUUAACAUUUACUAAAUGAAUCAGGAUGUCUAUUGUUGAAUUUACUUGAAUUCAUGUAUGAAUUGUGUCGUAUGAAGAGAACCAUGAUCGAUGUUACAUCUCAUGUUGUUUUUUCAGAAAUUUGAGAAAAUAAAAAUAUAUUUUUAUGCCUAAA